GGCUGAUGUAAAGUUGCAUGUCCGUGGCUGAAUAGGCACCACCGGCAGUCACUCCUUGGGGUUUCAUUUCCAUUGUUCUGAAUCAAAAUUAUUUAAUUUCCCCUCCUUAGCGGACUGUCGUAGCAACUGGACUGACAUGGCGGAGAUAACAAAAGGUGUGGAGCAAGUCUCAGUGGGUGAGCUGUAUGUGUCGGACAAAAGUGGCAGCGACCAGGAUGGAGACGGCACGGAGCAGAAACCCUUCAAAACUCCUCUCAAGGCUCUGAUGUUUGCUGGGAAGGAGCCGUUCCCGACCAUCUAUGUAGAAUCACAGAAGGAGGGAGAGCGUUGGGCAGUUAUCUCUAAAACGCAGAUGAAGAAUGCAAAGAAGGCCUUCAACCGUGAGCAGAUGAAGAGCGAUGCCAAAGAGAAGAAGGAGGCAGAGGACAACGACAGGAGAGAGAAGAACCUGGAGGAAGCCAAGAAGAUCGUCAUUGAGAAAGACCCCAGCCUGCCUGACCCUGAAUCGGUUAAAAUUCAGCAUCUGGAGCCAAAGAGAGGUCAAAGAGUCAAAGUGUUUGGAUGGGUUCAUCGCCUUAGGAGACAAGGGAAGAACCUGAUGUUCAUUGUGCUGAGAGAUGGAACUGGUUUCCUCCAGUGUGUCCUGUCUGAUAAACUGUGCCAGUGCUACAACGGCUUGCUGCUGUCCACAGAGAGUACAGUGGCUCUGUACGGGACCGUCACUCCAGUUCCUGAGGGGAAACAGGCGCCCGGAGGCCAUGAGCUGCACUGUGACUUCUGGGAGCUGAUCGGUUUAGCUCCGGCGGGCGGGGCCGACAAUCUGCUGAACGAAGAGUCUGAUGUCGACGUCCAGCUGAACAACCGUCACAUGCUGAUCAGAGGAGAGAACGUCUCCAAGGUCCUCCGAGUCCGAUCCACCGUCACACAGUGCUUCAGGGAUCACUUCUUCAGCCAGGGAUACUACGAGAUCACUCCUCCGACCCUGGUGCAGACUCAGGUGGAGGGCGGCUCCACGCUGUUUAACCUCAACUACUUUGGCGAGCAGGCGUACCUGACGCAAUCAUCCCAGCUCUACCUGGAGACCUGCAUACCUGCCCUGGGCGACACCUUCUGCAUCGCCCAGUCGUACCGGGCCGAGCAGUCUCGCACCCGGAGACACCUGUCUGAGUACACUCACAUCGAGGCCGAGUGUCCCUUCAUAUCGUUUGAGGACCUUCUGAACAGACUGGAGAACCUGGUGUGUGACGUGGUGGACCGAGUGCUCAAAUCCCCCGCCGCACAGCUGCUCUACGACAUCAACCCGAACUUCAAACCCCCCAAGAGGCCGUUCAAGAGGAUGAACUACACUGAAGCCAUCGAGUGGCUGAGAGAGCACGACGUCAAGAAGGAUGACGGCUCCUAUUACGAGUUUGGAGAGGACAUCCCUGAGGCUCCAGAGAGGUUGAUGACAGACAGCAUCAACGAGACCAUCUUGCUCUGCCGUUUCCCAGCUGAGAUCAAAUCCUUCUACAUGCAGCGCUGCCCUGAGGACAAACGCCUCACUGAGUCGGUUGACGUGUUGAUGCCAAAUGUUGGUGAGAUUGUUGGAGGCUCGAUGCGUAUCUGGGACGCUGAGGAGCUGCUGGACGGAUACAAGAGGGAGGGAAUCGACUCCACCCCAUACUACUGGUACACUGACCAGAGGAAGUACGGCACCUGUCCUCAUGGCGGUUACGGUCUGGGUCUGGAGCGCUUCCUUACCUGGCUGCUGAACAGACAUCACAUCAGAGACGUCUGCCUGUACCCACGAUUCAUCCAGCGCUGCCGACCCUGAACACACACACACACACACACAUUCUGUUAGUUGUAUCUGGACCUGGCACGUGAGCCAUAAAAUGUGUCGCUACAUCAAAUGUAAAACAAGUCAACGUUUUGUCCUGUUAGCUGUUUUAUUUUCUGAAGAGCUCAAAUCUCUACAGUGAACUCCAUGUCUCUCCACAGACGGUUAGAAAAACCCCUCUGCCUCGUAUUACACAGCUUCCUCCUCAUUUGUUCUGACUUGAAACCUGACCAUUUCUGCCUCUGCUGAUGCUUGACGGCUGAUUAUUUAACCAGUUAUAAACACUGUAGUUUCUUGUGACUGUACAGUGUGUCUGCAAGUCCUGGAGAAAAUGUCUAAAAUGUGAUUCUCAGUGCUGCUUUUUUCAGUUAACUGUUUAUUUUAUUAUAAUUAUUCACAGGAAUUUGUAAAAGUUUACUUUAUGCAGUUGCAGAGAUUUAUAAGCUGCAUUAUCAUUGAUUUUAGUACGUAAAUAUUUGCAAAUUCCUGUGGAGAUUUGUAGUAAAAUAAAGUAUAAGUUAAAUUUGAAUGCUUCAACAUGUCAUGGUAAACUAUCCACCAGCCAUACAAACUGUUUGCUGAUAUGUCAACACUUGAGUAGUUGGUAUUAUAGAUACAUUAGGAUAUUAGACAUACUUAAAUCUAAGGUGACUGUACUUGCAGCCACCCUGUUGUUUUCUAAAGUAAACAAUCAUGUCAGCUUUCACAACAAGUGUCUUUAACUUCAGGAACCAAGUACCUGAACUUGUAGUUGGCUAAAAUAAAUCUGAUGCCAAAUUUGUAUUGAAAAUCACACAAACACUGUAUCAGCAAGAUGCAGAGCAAAAUCUUCUCAAACAAAACUCUGAAAAAAACAAAAAUCCCACCUUCUGAAAUUCUGAGUCAGAUUCACAGAAAUAUAAACAUUAACUUCUGUAUCUGAACAAACCUGAUGGAGACGUGUGUCCUUCCCUCUAAAGAUGUGUGGAGAAGAAAAAAGGAAACAUUUUCUCAUAAGUAUGACUUAACAUUUUAUUAUUGAUCUACAGUUACAAGCCGUGCCGCCACACACAUGCACACACUUGACAAACUUUAAUCGCAAAACAACAGCGACGCUUUUAUGCACGUUUCAUAUACUUGGGAACAUUUUCUUCUUCUUUCCUGAAAGUAACAGUCGGAAAAAAAAUACAUGGACAGCAGUCUGUCAUCAAAUGAUGGUGGUUUAGAAAUGUGACGGAGGCGUCAGGCCUCAGGGGGUCUCAUCAUGUUUGUCUGUUCUGCCUCUUCGUCUGAAAAUACUCCUCAGAUCAAUAAACUGCACUUAAAUGAGAUGUAAUUCAAACA